AUGACAGCUGCCCAUGACCUGGCAUCUCAGUCAGCCCAGGGAGAGGAAGAAGAUGGCCCGCACCCAAGUGCAGGGAACGUCGUGGCAGUCAGCUGGGUGCCCGCGUCCAGGCAAGGACAACUUCUGCAUCAAGGAAACAUGCGUUUCCAGAGUGAGGAGGCUGAAGGCAGGGCCCAGUGGAGAGCUGAGCCAUGGAAGGAGCAGCAGGGCUUGCAGCAGCUGGACUGGCAGCAGCAGGGCUUGCAGCAGCUGCACUGGCAGCAGCAGGGUUUGCAGCAGCUGGACUGGCAGCAGCAGGGUUUGCAGCAGCUGGACUGGCAGCAGGAUCCACAGCCUGAGGAGCAGCAGCAGGGCUUACAACAAUUGCACUGGGAGCAGCCACAAGAACCACAGCCCCCCUUGGAGCCCCCACAGGAGCCGCAGCUCCCCUUGGAGCCCCCACAAGAGCCACAGCCCCCCUUGGAGCCCCCACAAGAGCCACAGCCCCCCUUGGAGCCCCCACAGGAACACAGCCCCCCUUGGAGCCCCCACAAGAGCCACAGCCCCCCUUGGAGCCCCCACAGGAGCCAUAGCUGGAGCAGGAACAGGCUGGCACACAGCAGCACACGGGCUUGCAGCAGCAGACAGGCACACAGCAGCUGGAGCCACAGCCCCCACAGCCGGAGCCACAGCCCCCACAGCGGGAGCCACAGCCCCCACAGCCGGAGCUACAGCCCCCACAGCCGGAGCCACAGCCUCCAGAGCAGCCACAGCAGCCCAUGGUUCUGGUGGAUUGAGGGUGGACUAGGUAGAGGAGCAGGUGAGAGGGAGGUGCAGGUGUGGAGCUCCCUGAGCCGGGGCCCUUUAUAUACCUGUCCAGAUGUCAGGCAGGACACAGGGUCCCUUUCUUGUUGGGCCAGAGGCCACAUGGUAUGCUGCUGGCUGGCCAUGGCUGUGGGAACGUGA